AUGUUGUUGUUGUUUGUGAUGUUGGCUGCGACGGUGGUCGCGGAAAUACAGGACCCAGCUGCUGAACAGAUCAUAAAGUUCAAAGAGAAGACUUCGGGUCCAAUUGGGAUGAUGACUACUAGCGCCGGAGCGCCAGUUCCUCAUAGCGAAGCGUUAAACACACUUAACACUAGACUGCUUUUGAACGAAUAUUUCAUGGACACCAUGACUCAUUUGGUCCGGGAAAGGAUUCCGGAACGUGUGGUUCACGCAAAGGCUGGCGGUGCAUUUGGAUAUUUUGAAGUUACCCAUGACAUUUCACAUAUAUGUAAGGCUAAAUUAUUCAAACAAAUUGGAAAAAAGACACCAGUCGCUGCUAGAUUUUCGCCAGUCAUCGUAGAAAGAGGUGGUAGUGAUACGUCUCGAGACGCUCGAGGUUAUGCUGUGAAGUUCUACACAGAAGACGGAAAUUUCGAUAUAGUUGGCUUCAGUACACCUAUGUAUGUUUACAAUGACCCACGUCUGUUCCCUACAUUCGUACGUGCGCAGAAGAAAAAUCCAGCCACCAACCUUUUCGACGCGAAUACUGUUUGGGAUUUUCUAACGCUGCAACCCGAAAGUAUACACAUGUUCCUAUUAAUAUUUGGUGAUCGCGGUAUUCCAGCAAGCUAUAGAAAUAUGCCUGGUUUCGGUAUUCAUACAUACCAGGUUGAAAAUGAACAUGGUGAUGUAAAUUUCGUUCGAUUCCAUUUUGUACCAGAUGCCGGAAUCAAAAACUUAAGAUCAGAAGAAGCUCAGAAGAUUGGAGCAGAAGAUGCUGAUUACCUCACUCGUGACUUAUAUAAAGCUAUUGGAAACGGUGACUUUCCAAGUUGGACAGUCAGUGUACAGAUUUUAACAUUUGACGAUGUAAAACACGCAGAUUUUAAUGUUUUCGACGUCACAAACACCAUUCCUUUAAGCAAAUUUCCUUUAAGACAAGUAGGGAAAAUGGUACUUAACAAAAAUGCGGUAAACUAUUUCGCGGAAAUAGAACAAUUAGCGUUCAGUCCAGCUAAUCUAGUUCCCGGUAUACUUGGGGGGCCGGACAAAGUUUUUGAAGCAAGGCGUUUAGCUUAUAGAGAUGCUCAAUAUUACCGUUUGGGAGCAAACUUCCAUAACAUACCUGUGAACUGUCCUUUCCGUGCCCAAGGUUUGCAAGUCUACAAUCGAGAUGGUAGAGCUCCAGUUUUAGACAACGGAAAGGAUAUACCUAACUAUUUCCCUAAUUCAUUCAAUGGCCCAGUCCCGUAUGACGACAAAAAAAGAGUACAAUUAAUUGAAAUUUUAGAACCAGAACCAAAUAAUUUCAGGCAAGCGACCGAAUUAUAUGUAAACGAGAUGACAACUGAAGAACGUAGUAGGCUGGUUGAAAAUGUACUUUAUAGUUUAGGAUCUGCAGCCAGUUUUCUUCAAGAAAGAGCAGUUAAAAUAUUCAGUAUAAUACAUCCAGAUCUAGGUUACAGAAUAGAGCAAGGGCUUCGUUCAAAUAAAACUAAACCAUAUCAUGAUAUCACUUAUAAUCAUUAUAUAGUAUAG